AUGUCAUUCAAAAACACAGUCGAAGCAUCUAGAGCGUUGAUCAGACAAAUAAAUCUCUUGCCAUAUGAGAAGUUGAAACCCUCGAUAUCGUUCAAAGAAUCCCAAUAUGAGAGAUACAGAAAGAUUGCUAAUUUGCCCCAACAGUUUGAGAUACCUUACAUUAAGCCUGCAAUUAGUGAGGUAGAUUUUAAAGAUGAGCCCAGGGACAACAAUACUGAGUCUUUAAAGACGUUAACAUUAAAAGAUUUUGAGAGACAGAUCAAUUCGUUAAAGAGUUUGUCUGAAAACAAAUUCAAGAAAUAUUAUGAGGUUGGAGAUAAGUUAUAUAAACCUAAUGGGAAGCCAGAAUAUUAUGAAAGAUUAAUGAAGGAAAUUAAUGGUGAAAGUAAAGCUGGGAUUUUUACAGCUUUGAAGGAGGUGUUUUUUCGUAAAGUAUAG